AUGGGUUGCGCGUCCAGCAAACAAGCCCCUGCGUACCCCCAGCCCAUGCGGCAAGCUCACGGCCAGAAGCGCAGAAAGAGACACGAUGCCUAUGUGGGCUCGCAUAGCCCGUAUGCCGCCGGCGGGUACAUGCCGCAUGGCGGUGGGGCUCAGGGAGCGUUCUACAGCGGAGGAGAUGGAGGGGGUGGUGGAGGCUGUGGUGGUGGGGAUGGGGGCGGUGGAGGUGGAGGUGGAGGUGGAGGUGGCUGCUAAGGGGAGAGGGAGGUGAGAUUGUCGAGCACAGGGUUUUGGUGGAGGCGUUUAG